CCCAAGUGCGAUCGGGCCUUUGCGCGUGCCUACAACCUCACCACGCACAUCUCGACGCAUGACCCCGACCCGAAUCGCUCCAAGCCCUUUCCCUGCCCCUAUCCAUCCUGUAAGGCCGACGGCGGCCGUGCCUUCAGCCGCAAGCACGACCUUCAGCGCCACGUCGCGAGCACGCACGAG